CAUCAGCCGCCCCGAACCGAGGCGGCGCCCCCCGAGGCGGCGGACGAGGGCGGCCCGCGGGCCCGGCUCCGCAGCCGCGACAGCUCGUGCGGCCGCCCCGGCACCCCGGGCGCGGCGAGCACCGCCAAGGGCAGCCCGAACGGCGAGUGCGGGCGCGGCGAGCCGCAGUGCAGCCCCGCGGGGCCCGAGGGCCCGGCGCGGGGGCCCAAGGUGUCGUUCUCGUGCCGCGGUGCGGCCGCGGGGCCAGCGCCGGGGCCGGGCGCAGGGCCGGGGCCGGGGCCGGCGGAUGAGGCGGGCAGCGAGGAGGCGGGCCCGGCCGGGGAGCCGCGCGGCAGCCAGGCCAGCUUCAUGCAGCGCCAGUUCGGCGCGCUCCUGCAGCCGGGCGUCAACAAGUUCUCGCUGCGGAUGUUCGGCAGCCAGAAGGCCGUGGAGCGCGAGCAGGAGCGCGUUAAGUCAGCGGGGGCCUGGAUCAUCCACCCGUACAGCGACUUCAGGUUCUACUGGGACUUCACCAUGCUGCUGUUCAUGGUGGGAAACCUCAUCAUCAUCCCCGUGGGCAUCACCUUCUUCAAGGACGAGACCACGGCCCCGUGGAUCGUGUUCAACGUGGUCUCGGACACCUUCUUUCUCAUGGACCUGGUGCUGAACUUCCGCACGGGCAUCGUGAUCGAGGAUAACACGGAGAUCAUCCUGGACCCCGAGAAGAUCAAGAAGAAGUACCUGCGCACGUGGUUCGUGGUGGACUUCGUGUCCUCCAUCCCCGUGGACUACAUCUUCCUCAUCGUGGAGAAGGGCAUCGACUCCGAGGUCUACAAGACGGCGCGCGCCCUGCGCAUCGUGCGCUUCACCAAGAUCCUCAGCCUCCUGCGGCUGCUGCGCCUGUCGCGCCUCAUCCGCUACAUCCACCAGUGGGAGGAGAUCUUCCACAUGACCUACGACCUGGCGAGCGCUGUCAUGCGCAUCUGCAACCUCAUCAGCAUGAUGCUGCUGCUGUGUCACUGGGACGGCUGCCUGCAGUUCCUGGUGCCCAUGCUGCAGGACUUCCCGCGCAACUGCUGGGUCUCCAUCAACGGCAUGGUGAACCACUCGUGGAGCGAGCUCUACUCCUUUGCGCUCUUCAAGGCCAUGAGCCACAUGCUGUGCAUCGGGUACGGCCGGCAGGCGCCUGAGAGCAUGACAGACAUCUGGCUGACCAUGCUGAGCAUGAUCGUGGGCGCCACCUGCUACGCCAUGUUCAUCGGCCAUGCCACCGCCCUCAUCCAGUCGCUGGAUUCCUCGCGGCGCCAGUACCAGGAGAAGUACAAGCAGGUGGAGCAGUACAUGUCCUUCCACAAGCUGCCCGCCGACUUCCGCCAGAAGAUCCACGACUACUACGAGCACCGCUACCAGGGCAAGAUGUUCGACGAGGACAGCAUCCUGGGCGAGCUCAACGGGCCCCUGCGGGAGGAGAUUGUCAACUUCAACUGCCGGAAGCUGGUGGCUUCCAUGCCGCUGUUCGCCAACGCUGACCCCAACUUUGUCACGGCCAUGCUUACCAAACUCAAGUUCGAGGUCUUCCAGCCGGGUGACUACAUCAUCCGCGAGGGCACCAUCGGCAAGAAGAUGUACUUCAUCCAGCAUGGCGUGGUCAGCGUGCUCACCAAGGGCAACAAGGAGAUGAAGUUGUCUGACGGCUCCUAUUUCGGGGAGAUCUGCCUGCUCACGCGGGGCCGGCGCACGGCCAGCGUGCGGGCUGACACCUACUGCCGCCUCUACUCACUGAGCGUGGACAACUUCAACGAGGUGCUGGAGGAGUACCCCAUGAUGCGUCGUGCCUUCGAGACUGUCGCCAUCGACCGCCUGGACCGCAUCGGCAAGAAGAACUCGAUCCUACUGCACAAGGUGCAGCACGACCUCAACUCGGGCGUGUUCAACAACCAGGAGAACGCGAUCAUCCAGGAGAUCGUCAAGUACGACCGCGAGAUGGUGCAGCAGGCGGAGCUGGGCCAGCGGGUCGGCCUCUUCCCGCCGCCGCCGCCGCCGCAGGUCACCUCGGCCAUCGCCACGCUGCAGCAGGCCGUGGCCAUGAGCUUCUGCCCGCAGGUGGCGCGCCCGCUCGUGGGGCCGCUGGCGCUCGGCUCGCCGCGCCUCGUGCGCCGCCUGCCUCCCGGGCCCGCGCCCGCCGCCGCCUCGCCGGCGCUGCCCGCGCGCCGCCUGAGCCGCGCGUCACGCCCGCUGUCCGCCUCGCAGCCCUCGCUGCCUCACGGGGCGCCGGGCCCCGCAGCCUCGGCGCGCCCGGCCAGCAGCUCCACGCCGCGCCUGGGGCCCGCGCCCGCCGCCCGGGUCGCCGCGCCCAGCCCGGACCGCAGGGACUCAGCCUCGCCCGGCGCAGCCGGCGGCCUCGACCCGCUGGACUCCGCGCGCUCGCGCCUCUCGUCCAACUUGUGA